AUGUCCAUGCAUCACAACUGCUUCGUUCUUCCUCUCCUUAACGAGGACUCCUUGCCCUGUUCUGGCUGUGUAGCAUACCAGCAGAGUGAGUCCGUCAAUGGUCAUCUCACGACUCAUAACGUACAUGUCGACUGGUUGGAAAAGCGUUUCAGAUCCAACCCCUCUCUUGGACAAGCAGCCGCAGAUAUGACCAAUGUGGGAAUACGAUUUUUCUCUAGGCGGUACUGGAAGCGCCGAUGGAUACUGCAGGAACUAUCACUCUCGAAUAUACAUCACUGGUACUGGGGCCAGCACGUUCUAGACAUGUCAGAAUUUCCCAAUGAUUGGAUCAGUCACCUUGUUGGAUCAUUCUGGAUGAUUAAUGAUGGGCUUCGGAAAGCAGUGGAGGAUCCUGCUAGAACUGCCUCUGAGAGGCGCUUGACCGCCGCCGUCUCCGAUGAUGUAAUCGGCAUCCCCUUCAUUCAUCGAACACUAGGGCUCUCAUCAUUGUGCAACUCCCAGAGCCCCGGUAUGACGAGAUUCACGAGAAAGAGAACGUGGAUAAAUUUGUUGCGAGACUUUCACUCAUCAGAGUGCUCUGAACCCAUAGACAUGUAUUAUGCAUUAGCGAGCAUGGCCAUACCCAAAAUCUGCGUGAAUUACUCGUCAACGGUCGCUACGGUCUUUCAGCAAUUUGCUGAGGCUAUGCUGGAUAAUGGCGAGUGGGUAUGGGUGUUCUACUGUGCUGCAAAAACCGUGAACAAUCAGCAUCGAGAGCGAUUGCAAUUGCCAUCGUGGGUUCCGGAUCCACGCUCGGUAAAUUUUCAUUAUGGAGGAAACGCUCCUCCUCCCAUGGGGAUACAGAUAUCCCAAAGCGACUCCUUAGUCUGCGACGUUCGCUGCUUAGGAGUCUUAUAUGAAAGUCACGAAGAGGACCUCAAUUCGCGCUUCCACCUAAUGUGGGAUGGUCUCUUUUGGCAAGUCUGCAGCUCUCGUAAGGCAUUAGAAGAGAUCUCCGAGGUUAUUCAGCCUAGCCCACUACAGCUCAAGGCCAGACGGUAUGCUUUUUACGUACGCGAAGGGGAUUUACUCUGCUCGUGCUUGGAAAAGCUGUCGUUUGAGGAUUUAUGGAUAAUCCUGCGUCUCGUGGACGUGAAAACUCAAACAUACCAGCUUAUUGAGGUGCAAGAGAUGUCGCUCUCUAGGUCAAGCUCCGAUACAGAACAUGCGCAAAUGUUUUCCAAAUGCCCUAAGAUCAAAGUGCGAAUUGUUUGA